AUGGAAGCGGUCAAGUCCCUCAAGGAUCGACUUGAAAAGAGCAACGGAGAACUUGACCGAAUCAACGCUCAGUAUGAGGAGUUCAUACCUGCAGCCGAAGCCGAAGCGGAGUUCCUUGCAAUCGCCGAAUAUGAAGAUCAGGCUAUCGGAAUGAUAUCGACCUUGCAAGCGCACUACAGCCGACUGCAAGUACAAAGCGAAAGCAGCAGACAGCGACUUUUAGGACAGGAGGCGACAGGACCGAACGUCACGAGCCAGCGAUCAGAAGUUAGGUCUAAAGGUCCCAAGCUGCCCGUACUUAAAAUAACCCCCUUUGACGGGGACUACGGACAAUGGACAUCGUUCUGGGAACAGUUCAAGGGUACCAUUCACGAUAACACAGCUAUGCUAGAAGAAAUCCUUACCCAGUCUCUACCUCGUCAACUGGCUGUGGAGUACAAACGUCAGGCACUUCAGUCAAGCCUCUCAUCCACAGCCACUGUGGAUGGCACUGAGGAAAGUUCUUCAGCUGAAGCCAGUGUGGCCGAAGCAGAUCUGAAAAGGCUCUUAAAUUUCCUCAGGAUAGAGGUUGAGAGCAGAGAAGGGUCCCAGUGGUCACAAAAUAAUAAAACAGAUGAAAUCGAGCAGGGCCACAAGAAAGGAGUGCGCCCUAAAGCCCUCCCAUCUGCUUCUGCUCUUCACUCAUCGUCUGCUACAAAAGAGGAAUAUGUCAAGAAAAGCAUGCACUUGCCGUGUGCAGGAAAGAGUGUACCCAAGCACGCUGGAGAGAGUACAAAUCUUGCAGCACAGUCGACACCUUGUAAGAGGUCCAGGCCUACCGCUUCACGAGAAAAUGCUGUUGAAGUCCUCCUGCAGACGUUCAGAGCUUGGGCUGUCACCCCGCGAAGAUGUAUGUACGUCAGGGGAGUAAUCGACGGUGGGAGCGAUCGCACCUUCGUGUCCGAGGCUUUGGCGAGCAUUUUGCGUUCGCCGAUAGUCGAUGAAAUAUCCCUUAGUAUUACGACCUUCGGCUCUAACAAGGCUACGUCGCCGCAAAGAAGGAAGAUCGCAAGUUUGAGACUUCGAUCUCAGUAUGACAUGCAAGAGCGGGAGAUUCAGGCGGUCGACAUUCCGGUGAUCUGCCAUGAUAUCAGAUCGGCGUGUUUUGGUCUGCAGUUCGUCAACGAGCUCAAAGAACAAGGCAAGGACCUUGCAGAUGAGCUCUGCUUUCCAGGAGACAUGUCGUGCGAAGGCGUUAGUAUAUUGAUCGGCUCUGAUCACAUGUGGGCCAUUCUUACCGGUGAAAUCUUGAGGAAGAGUGGUUCUGAGCGGCUUGUGGCCUUGAACUCUAUAUUAGGCUGGACCAUCCAAGGGCCUACGCCACUCUCCUCACAGAUCGAGUUUCAAGGGCACGCCCAGAGUCACCUGUCAACAGUUGCCUGUGUCCUUCGUGCUCAUUCUUCGGUGGAAGUUGUUGGCUCUACCGACGACAGCAGCACAUGGGAACCAACUCUUCGUGCGUUCUGGGACAUAGAAACCAUGGGUCUGACGACCGGCAAGGCAACUUUAGACCACCCAGUGUUUGAACACUUUUCGCAAACCAUAAAAAAAGAUGGACAAAGGUACGACGUAACCCUACCGUGGAAACGUGAUCCGGUUGGUUUCCUUGAAGACAACUAUAAAGUUGCUCUGACUCGCCUUAAGAAGCUUGUUGCGCGCUUGAAGCGGACGGAAGGAUUGCUUCUUCGGUACGACGGCGUUAUAAGGGAAUACUUCAACCUCGGCCACGCAGAGGUCGUCGAUACUGAUGCCGAAAGCAAGGGCCCGGUCUACUACAUGCCACACUCCGCAGUCAUCCGAGAAGACCGCGCUACGACAAAAGUUAGGGUCGUAUUUGAUGCCUCAUCUCACGCCCCCCAGUGUCCGUCGUUGAAUGAGUGCUUGGACAAAGGCGUGAACUUGAACCCUGAUACACUACAGCUGUUAAUCCGAUUCAGGAGUUUCAAGAUUGCGCUUACGGCUGACAUUGAAAAGGCCUUUCUUCAGGUUCAAGUUCGUGAAAAGGAUAGGGAUGUAUUCCGUUACAUUUGGUUUGAACAACAACCGGACUGUGGGACAUACGUGGGUGACUCAGAAGGGCUCCAAACGCUACGCAUGGCAAGAGUACCCUUUGGAGCGACGUCCAGUCCGUUCCUUCUGUCAGCAACCAUUCAACAUCAUCUCAAUGGCAUCGACGGGAAUCUUAAGGCAACAGCCGAAAAGCUACGGAAGUCCUUUUAUGUCGAUGAUUUGGUCACUGGAGUCGAUUCGGAAGAAGCAAGGAAACUGUACGAAGACGCAAUGCUUAUAAUGAAAGCCGCUGGAAUGAACCUUCGUAAAUGGACGAGCAACAGCGUGAACUUACAAGUCAUGUUUGAUGGUGGGCUAUCCUGCGAGUCAACAUCAUCGGUAUCAGAGAUCUUGAGUCCACAAAAGAUUCUGGGAGUGUCGUGGGAUAAGGCACGGGACUUGUUGCAAGUGUCCUUGAAGUCUUUGUUUACCUUCCUCCUGGAGACAGGCGACACAAAAAGGUUCGUCUUACAAGCCUCUUCUAGGGUCUUUGACCCCUUGGGCUUCAUGAGCCCGUUUACAAUACGCGUGAAGAGACUAUUUCAGCAACUCUGGAUCGAUGGAGUGGAUUGGGAUGCCAAACUUCCAGACCAAGCUCAGUUGGAAUGGAAGGCGUGGUGCACAGAAUUGCCCACUCUGCGUCUCGUCAGCGUGUGCCGACACGUUGGGAUAUACUCUUCGAACGGAGCCAGAUACGUGACUCUUUAUGCUUUUUCAGACGCGAGCAUGCAUGCGUACGGAGCAGUCGUGUACGCUUGCGCGCAAGAGCCACAUUCAGAUGUUAAUCUACUGAUGUCCAAGUCCAGGGUUGCCCCUCUGAAAGAACUCACACUUCCCAGGCUGGAGUUGAUGGGAGCGCUCGUGGCUGCAAGGCUCGUCAACUAUGUUCGAACAGCCAGUAGUUGUGAUUGA